AUGACGUUUCAUGGUGGUGAAUCUCUUUUGAGUGAAAUAACCAGAAAGCCAUCUGCAUUUCCAAGUGGAGGAACAAGAAAGCCACCGUUUCGGGAAUACUUCCGCGUUUCUAAGGUUAUAAGCUAUACAAAAAAUAUAGGAGAGACAAAGUUGAUGCAUAACGCAUUACUUCAGCUUGUCAAACAGUUAUGCAAGGUAAUUGUAGACGUUAAAAACGACUAUGGAAUAACUUAUUUGAUACUAAAACGAUCGCUCCUUUUAGCGGCAAAAUUGGGGGUCUACGAAAUCGUGAAAGAGAUUAUAAAGUCAUAUCCUGAUGCAAUAUGGUUUACAAAUGAAAAAAAUCAAAAUGUAUUCCACUUAGCAGUCAUGAAUCGUCAAGAGAAAGUAUUUAACCUCAUAUAUGGACUGAAUGAUCGCAAACAUUUGUCAUUAAUUUCUAAAGACGUUGACAAGAACAACAUCUUGCAUUUAGCUGGAAAGCUAGCUCCUGAAAAUUCACUAAAUGGCAUUCCUGGUGGAGCCCUGCAGAUGCAACAUGAGUUACUAUGGUUCAAGGAAAUAGAGAAAAUUGUACAGCCUGCGUACAAAGUGGACAAAAAUCGUAAUGGAGAAACUCCGGCAAUGAUAUUUACUGAGGCACAUAGGGAACUCGUUAAAGAAGGUCGGGAUUGGAUGAAAGUUGUAGCAAACUCAUGCUCAGUGGCAGCAGCACUCAUUGCCACAAUAGUAUUUGCAGCAGCAAUAACUGUACCUGGUGAUUACAAUGAUGCUGGCAUACCAAUUUUUUACAAACAGAUAGCCUUCACCACCUUCAGUGUUUCAGAUGCAGUGUCUUUCUUCUCAUCAAUUGCUGCCAUCAUAAUGUUCUUGUCCAUCCUCACAGCACGCUAUGCAUGUUAUGUUGUUCCUCUCUCUAACAUCGUUGAUGGUAGCGUUUUGUGCCACUGUUUUUCUGGUGUUCUGCGACAGAAAGGCGUAUUGGAUACUUGCUCCAAUGUUCGUGUCAGCUUUAGUCCCUCUGUACUUGUUUACGUCUUCAGAGUACCCCCUCUUCUGGGACUUGAUGGUUCCCACAUACGGCUCCGGCAUCAUCCGCAAGGAAAGAACGUUUAA